CGCUGGAAAUAUUUUGUUGAUAUGUUGAGGAACAAAGUGUAUUUUAAACCAAGGCAUUAGCUUUGUGGCCGAAAGAAGUUGAAUCAUUGUUUUUCGUUCCGUAAGCAUGGUGCUAUUUGUGUUGUUAGGAAUCAUUGCAGCCGCUUCGGCAGGCUCAGCUUCUCACCAUGAUCCUAUGAUCAACGAAGGCCUCUUCGAAGGAGAUAUCCUGCUGGAUCCUAACUCAGACAGAAAUGCCAUUCCUCGUGACUCACAGCGAUGGCCAGGAGGCGUAGUGCCUUACUUUAUCUCACCUGAAUUAUCUCAUUUGACUGAGAGGAUCAGGUCGGCCAUGAAGCAUAUCGAAGACAAUUCAUGCAUCCGCUUUAAGCAAAGAACGAAUGAGAAUGAUCACAUAAAGAUAUUCAAGCACAAUGGAUGUUAUUCUCACUGGGGAAGAAUUGGCAAUCAGAAUCUGCUUUCCCUCGGAAGUGGAUGUGAGCCAUUCGGGACUAUCGUGCAUGAGCUUCUGCAUGCAAUCGGAUUUGAGCAUGAACACAACAGAUCUGACAGAGACAAUUAUCUUACCAUCUAUUGGGAUAAUAUUGUAGAUAAAUGGUUUUAUGCCUUCAAAAAACUCGCACCCAAUCAGAACAGACUAUUGACUAGCUUCGAUUACAAUUCCAUCAUGCUGUACGGCAGCAACUCUUUUGUGAAACAGUGGGGCAAAUUCAGCAUGACCACGAAGGGUGGUAAGAAGUUGCCCGAGGUCUAUGAUAAGAAAGCCAUGUCUGCCUCUGAUGCUCAGAGGAUUAGGCUGCUCUACAAGUGUUAAUCAUCAAGACAAGUCAUCGUAUCGAAUUUACGCUUGUACUGUAAAAUUGAAGCUUGAUGUUAGUUCCAUUAGUUUUAGAGAACGUUAAAUAAUUGUAUUUUAUAUAAUAAAGUGGUCAAUUAAAUGAAGUAUUACUGAAUUUUAUUACUUCAUGUAUUUAAAUUUUAUUUAUUAAUACUUUUUAUUUAAAAAAUUAAAAAUAAAUUUGUUAAAAUUUUUAAGCAACAACAGGAAUUACUGAGUUCUCGUUCACUUGAUACACUAAUUAUUUUUAAAGUGGAUUUUCGAUGAAAAUUUUUAUCGGCAGAAAAUAAAUUCUAUCUAAUUCGUUUUUG